UAGUCAUAAAUAUAUUAAGUUAAUUAUUUUAAAAAUAAUUAAAUAAUUAAAUAUUUGUAAAGUUGACAAGUUAAUUCAUUAAAUACGGAUAUUAAUCAUGUUAUAUGAGUUUUAUACGUGUUUAGUACGGGAGCCAUCAAAUGAACAGGAAAAAAUAAAAUGGCUUGACAAUAAUAUGGAUACAGAAGUUUUAAACGGAUAAAGUACAUACGGGUACAUAUACGUGUAUUAAAUGAAGUAUUUACUAACUAUGCUUAAUGAUAAUGUGAUGUUAUAAUGGUUAAUCUGAUUAACUAAUUAAUCAAACCGAUUAAACUUUAGUUUGGUUAAUUUGGUUGUUAUAUUAGUUUGGACGGUUUGAUUAUGAUAUUGUAUUUCAUAGUUAAUAAAAUUUAGGGUUAUUUGGUUUGGUAAUUACCAUGGUAAUCAUUUGAAUAGAUAGAAAAAUUAAGAAAGAAAGUAAGCUAGAAGUAGGGGUGUUCAAACAGAUUUGUUACCGCGGUAACCAUAUUAACCGGUAGAUAUCGGUUAAUUUGGUUUGGUUAAUUUGGAUAAUUGGUUUGGUUUGCUUAAUUUAUUUUUGAUUAUUUGGUUUAGGUGGUUUGGUUUCAACACUGCUAACCAAUGAAACCAAUUAAUGAUACACCUAAUAUACAAAAUUAUUUACACUUCCAUGCAAUCAACCAAACCAAACUUUCAUGAUUCCCUAUUUUAUUUCCAUGUGCACAACAAGCCAAAACAUUAUGCGUCAAAAAUGAAAUGGGUCUGCCUAUUUACUAAACCUAAAUAUUUUGGACAGCUACUAGACUUUAGGAUUACGUACAAUACCAUGACAACCACCUCAAGUGUUUUGCAGGAGAGUUUUAGCUCUCUGAUGAGUGGUAUUGGUAUGUAUUAAGGGUUUGUUGUAAGCUAACUAUAUUAGGUGCAGAGACGAUGAAUGAUGUAUUAACUCGAAUGAUGAUGAUAAUCAUGGAUGGUUAGUCUUAUUAUUAUUAUUACUUAUAUAUAAUGAUAGUUUAUGAUAGUAAUAACAUAUUGUUAUGUUAUUUGGUUAAUCCGAUUAUUCGAUUAACCAAGCCAAUUAAAUUAUGGUUUUGUUAAUUUGAUUUUCGUGUUAAUUUGGACAAUUUGGUUAAGACAUUUUAUUCCACGAUUAAUAAAAUCUAGAUUUAAUUGGUUUGGUUAUUACCACGGUGACCAUGUGAACACCUUAGCUAUAGCCUAUAAGGGAAGGAAAUGGACAAAGAUAAACGAUUUAAUGCGGAAGGGAUAGAGUUUGAUAUCUACAGAGUCCGAGCUGGCAAGAUAUAGAGGGCCCCACACCACACACCUCGUCUCACAGCCGUCCCAGCUUGUGGAGGAGCUCCCUGCCACGCGGCGGUCGAGUCAGUCCACGCCCUUCCACGUGGCAUUCAUUGGCAGGCCAUCUCAGAUCGCGGGAAACUCACACCGCUUAUCAUAUCCUAUAACCAUCCAAAAUACGAUUCUUUGCAUAGUUUUCUCUCCUUUCGCUUCUGGAUUUUUUUUUCCCCCUUCUCCUUCUUCCUGCGGUCAUCUGGGUUUUCUUCUUCCCCCCUUCUGCUUUUCUUUAAUCUGACGGCUCCCAGGACGCCAUGACCGCUGUUGCCACUUUUGCAGCUCUCUCCGUCCCCAUUUCUUUGUAUGGAUCAUCGAAGUUCCAAGUUAGAAAGAGUUGCAAAGCAAGGAUCGGAGUGUUUGCAGUGUUCGGGGAUGAGGGUGGGGGAUUGGUGGAAAAGAAGAGUCAAUGGGGGGCUCUAUUCGAAGUGGAGGAUCCGAGGUCUAAGAUGCCACAAUGUAAAGGGAAGUUCUUGGAUGCCAACCAAGCACUUGAAGUAGCUAGAUACGACAUUCAGUAUUGUGAUUGGCGAGCUCGCCAGGAUCUGCUUACGAUCAUGUUACUGCACGAGAAGGUUGUGGAAGUUUUGAAUCCCUUAGCACGAGAAUAUAAAUCUAUCGGCACCAUGAAGAAGGAGCUAGCUGAGUUGCAAGAAGACUUAACCCAAGCUCACAGACAGGUACAUAUAUCUGAAGCAAGGGUAGCUACUGCUUUAGAUAAACUAGCGUACAUGGAAGAGUUGGUGAAUGACAAGCUGUUACAAGAUAGAAGCACGACAGCAGAAACUGACCAAGCGUCACCUUCUACUUCGGCUGCCACUCCACCCGCCAAUAUCGUGAAAAGAAAACCACCCAGGAAAAGUUUCAAUGUCUCAGGUCCUGUCCAGCCAUACCAUCCUCAUCUAAAGAACUUCUGGUACCCAGUUGCUUUCUCCACCGACUUGAAGGAUGACACAAUGAUUCCAUUUGAUUGCUUUGAGCAACCAUGGGUUGUUUUCCGCGGGAAAGAUGGCAACCCAGGAUGUGUUCAGAACACAUGUGCUCAUCGAGCAUGUCCGCUUGACCUAGGUUCGGUGAACGAGGGUAGAAUUCAGUGUCCUUACCAUGGAUGGGAGUACUCAACUGAUGGAACGUGUGAGAAGAUGCCGUCUACUAGACUAGUGAAUGUGAAGUUGAAGUCACUGCCAUGUUUUGAGCAAGAAGGCAUGAUCUGGGUUUGGCCUGGUACCGACCCUCCAGCCCCUAAUCUUCCUUCCUUGAAACCUCCACCAGGUUUCCAAAUUCAUGCCGAGAUUGUCAUGGAACUUCCAGUGGAACAUGGGCUACUUCUUGACAACCUUUUGGAUCUCGCGCACGCACCUUUUACUCACACAUCUACUUUCGCCAAGGGUUGGAGUGUCCCCAGCCUGGUGAAGUUCCUGACACCGGCAUCUGGGCUACAAGGAUACUGGGACCCUUACCCUAUCGACAUGGAAUUUCGACCGCCUUGCAUGGUGCUGUCCACCAUCGGGAUCUCCAAACCUGGAAAACUGGAGGGCCAAAGCACAAGGGAAUGUGCCACUCACCUUCACCAGCUCCAUGUCUGCUUACCUUCGACUAGAGGAAAGACGAGACUACUCUACAGAAUGUCCCUCGACUUCGCUCCUCUGCUAAAGCACGUUCCAUUCAUGCAACAUUUAUGGAGACAUUUCGCUGAGCAGGUUCUGAACGAGGAUUUGCGGCUGGUGCUAGGGCAGCAGGAGAGAAUGAACAAUGGUGCUGAUGUCUGGAAUUUCCCGGUAUCGUAUGAUAAGCUAGGAGUAAGGUACAGGCUAUGGAGAGAUGCUGUCAACAGAGGUGAAAAGCGAUUACCCUUCAGCAAAUCAACAUAAAGAAGAGCCAUCUUAAAACCCUGGGAAGAUGGUUUCACCAUCUUGGGAUUCUUGGCUUCCCUUUAUGACCUUUUUUUCUGGAGCUGAUUCCCUCGUCCAACGAAACACAAAUAACGAUUGGCAAGGCUCGCGUAAUGAUCGACAAUGUGCAAGAAUGCAGUCCAGUUUUUGACGU